UGAAAGUUCUGUUGUUUGUUCUUGUGUAGUGUAGACUAAUGUUGACACAGUCGAGAUUUAGCUCGAAUAAUUCAAUAAUACUAAUAGAUCUACCUAGAUCUAGAUCCUUAUAGUCCUAGACGUCUAGUUCUAGUUUUAAUAUCUGAAUUCGAAAUGGCUAGAUCUAUAUGUAGAUCUACAUAUCUUUGAGUCUUAUCAUGUCUGGACUGAAUAUAUUUAAUCCCAAAAUCAAUAUGAACUUGUCACUAAAUUCUAUGGAUAGCAGAAUUGAAAGUCAUUUCAAUAGUGAUUUUGUUGAUGAUGAACUUUUCCUUGUCAGAGAGCACACACAUUUCUGUACUAAGGAGAAUGUUCUAAACUCUGUAGCUUAUAUAAAUCAGGAAUUUCAGUUGCUGGGUAUACCUUGUCUUCAUUUAAAAGGAGCAAAGUUAAAUGUUGAUGUUGUUUUCUUUAUGAACCGUCUCUAUGAUCUGCUAACACUGUAUCACAAGACCAAAGCUGUUAAAGAAGAUCUUGAAAAUAGAAAUCAUAGGCUCUUAUGUGACAUUGAGCGCCAGAGGACUGCCAAUUUACGCCUCGCCAAGAAUCAGGGGGAAUCUGAUAAAGACCUUGAUGAAGAGAAAGAGAAAUUGCGACAGAUCACGCAGAAAUACAAACAACUUUGCGUCAAGCUGAAAUCUGAGAAAGAGGAAGUAAAAAGACUGACUGCUGUGGUCCAGUCCAAAGAUGUUCAAUAUAAACAUGAACAGAAGAAAAGAGAAAGGGAGGUGUUCAAGUUGAAAGAAAGACUACAUCAACUUUUGUCAGAUAAGGUUCCUGAGAGAAAAGUCGGAAUGGAUCUACAAAAUGUAAUUGGCCGAGAUGAAGGGCGAAGAUCCACUUGGAAAUCAAGUUCUGGAAAGCAAGAGGAAGAAAUGUACCAGUUAAUUAUCGCCAACUAUGAAGAGAAGCAUAAGGAGCUGAUGUUAGAGAAUGGGGACCUCAGGGAUUGUCUGUUGUCACUGCAGAAGGAGCUCACCAGAUUAUUGAAGCAAACGGGUGAUAUGUCCUCCACUUCUGCACUUGAGCCUGUAAAUCAGACAGAUGCACUAACUGAAUCAGGGACUUCCUCUCAACUUGUUACAGAAUUUGAUGAAGGGUACUUCCAGAUGCCUUAUGAUAUAAUACGACAAGAAAUUGAGAGGAAUUUCAAGGAGACUUGCAAUCAAAUUGCAGAAAAUGUUAGCAGAAGUCAGCCUUCCAAAACGUCCCCUAAUCAACAGAACUCUGACCUCACUGAGAGGAGAGAGUCUACCCAGUAUGGUGACAAGGGAGAACUGGAGAAACUGAAGGUGCAGAUAAAGAAAUACAAAGCAAUCAUUAAAGAACAGGAAGCGUUACUCCAGCAAUCACUGAACUCCCAGUCGCAGUCAGUGGAGAACACUAUUCACCUUGAAUCUCAACUGGUUCACAUGAAAGAGAGUCUGCUGGAACAGAAGAAGAUGUUUUCUCAGGAGAAAGUCAGCUUUGAAAAGGAACGAAAUGCCUUUAAACAGGCUGUCAUUCGAUUUGCUCAAGAAAGAAGACAACUGCAAGAAGAAAAGACAAAUCUGCUUAAAAAUCAAUUGUUGAACAUGAGCCAAAGCAAAGAGAAUCAAAAGUCAAGUGGUCAUUCUCCCAGACUUCUUCCCUCCACACCUGUGUUUUCUACCAAGUCUCCAGCUCAAAGUCCAGAGGAUUUAGCUGCAGAGGUGUACAAGUUCAUUGGACUGUCUCAUUCCAGUGACACCAUUGGUUCGUCUCCCUGAUUGAAAUGGCACAUAUGCUAAGAACAUUCCAAGGAUUAAUAUAAUUUCCUUACACCCAGAUGUCAUUUUUAGGUUACUUUUCAAUGAACCAUUUUGUGUGUGUUAUGUUACUAAGUAUAGAACUAUGUUAUUAACUAUAGAACUACGAUUCUCAAAUCAUUCCAUUUCAAAUGAUCUAUUUAACAUAUAUAUAUAUAUUAUUUUUAGAAAUUAUUUGGUGCUAUGCAGUUCACUAAACAAAAAAUUUGUGCCUUCUGUGCUAUUGCUUUAAAAAGAAAAUGUUGUUGUUUUUUUUAUCUUUCUUUAUUAUUGUUAGUAUAAAAACCAGAACCCUUCAUUGUUUGCUAUUUGGCUCACUUUGUUACUAUAAUAACCAUAAUCUCUCAUUAUUAGCUUUUUUGAUUGAUGUUAAUUGAUUCAUUUCUUUGAAUUUUUGUUUCCACUUGUUUAGCCUGUUAUUCCCAAUGUGCUAUAUUAACUUGUGUCACCAUGACCUAUGCACCCAAAUGCUCUGCUUCUCAUGUCAGAAGCAUGAAGAGUAGCACGCCAAUUCUUUUGAAUUCCUAUGGCAGCUUCUCUUUAGCUGCUUGCCUUGGAGAAUAUUCAUCAUCAAAGAUGACAAAUCAAAGUGUUUUCUUACCAUCCAAUUUAUUUAUUUUGGCCUUUUUAUAUAGUUAUAGAGCAAAUAUGUAACUUCUUUUUUUGAUUAGGUUUAUAUAUAUAUAUAUAUAUAUACAUUAAUUUUUAAUUUUUUAAAAGUUGUUUGUGGGCAAUUUAUUAAGUGUCACAUUCUGCCACCUAAUAAUUUUUCAUUGCACUUCUAUGUAAAUAAUCAUUGUAAAGAAACAUAUGACAAAACCUGCUGAAGAAAGCUAAGAGAACUUAUCUAUUAUUAUUAUAGCUUUUAUAUAGCGCUACUUUCAUGCUUAUAGCAUGCUCAGAGCGCUUUUGGUCCAAUCUCAUUUGUGGACCAGUGGGGGGGAGGGGGUAUCCAGGAGUUGGUUUUCCUUUCUGCCUUUAGGCGCUCAGUAAACACAACUCUGCCCAAGUCGGGUGUCGAACCUCGAGCCCCCUUCUAGGUAGCCAAGCCAAGUUCAAGCACACUUUGCCUCUUGACCACGCUUCCCACAUCUAUCCACCAUGAAACUUCUAUCAACUACAAAGACAUUAUUUUUAAAAAUAGGAGGAUAUCAAUUCAAAGGUAGUAAUCCAAACUGUUCUUUAACUCUUUACCCAAUGCCCAAUAAAAAAAAAAGUUUCAGGUUCAUUCGAAACAUGAACAACUGAAAGAUGGCUUGUAACCAGAAAUUUUUAUCAGCCUAAGUGAAUGUUGUUGUUUUUUCUUUCCUGCUUUCAUCUUUAGGUGUGUAGAAAUGUAUCCAAAUUAUUUGAAAGUCUUUGGGCUAUUAAGUCACAGCUUUUCAAAACUAUCAAAUUAUUUUAGUUUGCACUUGUGUCUAGUUAUCUAAUUUUUUGUUCAGCUGUCAAACAGUUUUACCUUGAACUGACGUUGUUAUUAUUAUAAUUAUAAACUUCAGCCCUCUUUUCCUGUAAUUUGCCAUUAAGUUUUUUUUUCUUUGUAGUAUGGUAAUGAUGUUAGAAAGGAAAGUUUAAUACUUUGGCUCUUUUAAUCUGAUCCUCUAAGGUUUCUCAAGUUUUCUUUUCCUGUUAAAAUACAUACUUCUCUGUUUGCUUCCUUCAGUAGUUCAAAUUCAUAGUUAAACUCUCAUCAGUAGUCAUCUAGUCAAGUGUUGCUUUUUUUUUUUUUUUUUUUUUUUAAAUUCUUAACUGUAUUAUCUCUUUAUUACAUUGUUAAACAUAUCAUUGAUAAAACAUGUGAGUAUAUGGUACAUGUAUUUUGGGGCUUUUAUUUUUUUUUGGCAGCCCUAGAGUGUUUACUUAAGAUGCAUAUGGAAAGAUAUAUUCAGGUAUAUUUUUGAUAAGUUUUUAAAGUGCUAUCCGUCCCUUUUGACAAAUCAUUUGAAUAUGUUGUUUGUAAUACAGUUGAUUUGUUUUCUUCACAAUAAAUUUGAUGCACAUUGCGUUAUAAAUCACUA